GUCGAGGUAUUUAUUCUUUGAUCGCGUCGCAGGCUCACUUACUACUUCCGACUCCACUCGAGGCACUUUGCAAUUGCUCUUGACCUUCCGUGACUUUGUACGAAAAUGUCGCCAAGUGCCGUCGUGGAUGUCUUGGAGCUUCUCGCUCAAAAGUCAUUCAAUGGGGUCGAAAGGAAAGAGCUCUACAAUGCAGCGUUGAAGUUGGCCUGGAGCCUGGAAUCAGAGCAGGAUACCGCGCAGCGUCUCUAUCACGGCCAUCUCCCGUUGGCCACGGCGCAGACGGGAAUCGACCUCAACCUGUUCAAAUACCUCAGCGAGCAUUCAGAAAAAGCGUUCUCCGUGAAGGAACUGGCAACGCACUGCGAUGCCGAUCCUGUCCUGCUUGCCCGCCUGUUGAGGUUCUACGCCUCGCAAUGCAUGGUUUUCCAGACCGCCGAAGGAAAAUUUGCCGCGUCCAACAUAACCCGCAAUCUGUCCAUUCCGGGUACGGCGGCCGGCAUCAAGCACUACUCCCUCACAAUGACCCCUGCGUACAAUGCGAUUCCGGAAUUCCUGGCACAGACCAAGUACGCCAACCCAACGACCUCGGCGCCAUUCAACAUGGCAUACAAGACCGAAAUGGGAGUGUUUGAAUGGCGCAAGCACAACCCCAAGAACGCCAAAGCCGGUCAGGAGUUCAUGGCUGCUCAACGAAUGGGCCAGCGCAGCGUAUGGGAUGGCCAGGUGCCGAUGCACGACUUCGCACUGUCCCAAGAAGAUCUCCAGAACGGUAGAGUCUUGAUGUGCGAUGUCGGCGCCGGCUUUGGCCACCAGAGCAUCGAUUUCCGGAAGUUCAACCCAAAGAUUCAAGGGCAGAUUGUGGUGGAAGACUUGCCACUGGUCCAAGACAUGAUUCCCAACCGCCCCGAGCUGGCGGCACUCGACAUCACCGUUCAGCCCCACGACUUCAUGCAAGAGCAGCCGAUCAAAGACGCCAAGGUGUACUAUCUUCGCAACGUGAUCCACAACUGGAACAACGAACCGAGCAAGACGAUCCUCUCCCGGAUAUCUCAAGCAAUGGCCCGGAAUUCGGUGAUCAUCAUCGAUGAUGUCGUCAUGCCCAAGGUGGGCGCCAGCUGGAAACAAGCCAGCAUGGAUCUGGCCAUGAUGACCAUGCUCGCGGCUGUGGAGAGAACGGAAGACGAUUUCGCUUCGUUGCUCGCCGGUGCCGGGUUGAAGAUUCGGGAGAUGUGGACGUACGAUGAGGAUUACGGUGACACGCUCAUUGUCGCCGAGCGCAUUCCCAGCCGCAGCUCCUCGCCCAUGCAAGCAGAGGAUGGGACCUGGAGUACGCAAUGAGAGUCACAGGAUCGCGAGGGAAGAGUUCGGCACAGGCAGGGUGAAGGAGGCAAUUCGGGGAGUUUGGGGUUAUAUCACAGCCAACGUGGUUUUUUUUUCAAUUUCCAACGCUUCCGCAAGAAGAAGAUGUUUCCGUAAGUGCUUGUCAGACGUGCUCCAUGGCAUCAGCACGGUGGGAUGUGGUCGUAGGCCGCACGCCCUUGUGCGCUAGGCUGGUU